UAACUUUAAUCUAGUAUAUAAAAAUGUUUACAACCGAGUACAUAAUCCAUAGAGCCAAAUAUUUGAGCAUAUCCAGUUAUAUAUAUAUAUAAAAAAAAAAAAAAAGCAUGGAUAUGGCUAUACAAGCCCAGAAAAAACUUCACUUUCUAGUGAUACCCUUAAUGAGCCAAGGUCACCAAAUUCCCAUGAUAGACAUAGCAAGAUUGCUAGCCCACCACGGCGCGAUGGUCACCAUAGUCACCACGCCACUCAACGCCGUCCGAUUCAACUCAAUCAUCGACCGUGACAUUCAAUCAGGUUACCCGAUCCAGAUCGUGGAGCUCCAGUUUCCACUGGCCCAAUCGGGUUUGCCCCAAGGAUCCGAAAGCACCGACACUCUCCCUUCUCUGAGUUUAUUCAAGAAUUUCAUGUCUGCCGUUAGCUUAUUACAACAACCAUUAGAACAACUCUUCCAACAACUAAACCCCACUCCUACUUGCAUAAUAGCCGACAAGAACAUCAUUUGGGCUGCCCAAACGGCCCAAAAGUUUCGGAUCCCGAAAAUUUCAUUUGAUGGGCUUAGUUGCUUUGCCAGUUCAUGCGCUCAUCACUUACACGUGUCUAAAAUCCACGAAACCAUCGAAUCUGAAUCUGAGCCGUUCAUUAUUCCCGGAUUGCCUGAUCGGGUUGAGCUCAUGAAAUGCCAGCUGUCCGGAGCUUUUAACCCACGCUCGGAACAGUUUUUAAAGGCCACGUGCAAAAGAGUUAUGGAAGCUGAAGAAGGAGCGUAUGGCGUUUUGGUGAAUAGUUUCGAGGAGUUAGAAGGCGAAUACGUGAGAGAGUAUAAAAAAAACGUAAAAGGAAGAAAAGUAUGGUGCGUUGGACCAGUUUCGUUAUGCAACGAAAACUAUUUGGAUAAAGCUGAGAGAGGUAAUAAAGCUUCAAUUGACAAUGAAGAUUGCUUGAAAUGGCUCGAUCUACAAGCUCCAAGCUCUGUCGUUUACGCUUGUCUUGGGAGUAUGAACAGACUCCUACCUCCGCAACUAGCGGAAUUGGGCUUGGGCCUCGAAGCCUCGAAAAGCCCAUUUGUUUGGGUCAUUAGGAAAGCCUACAAAAGUGAUGAGUUUGAAGAUUGGUUAAAGAAAGAUGGGCUUGAAGAGAGAACCAAAGGCCGUGGCCUGUUUAUACGAGGUUGGGCUCCACAAGUGUUAAUAUUGGCCCAUAAAGCAAUUGGAGCAUUCUUAACACAUUGUGGCUGGAAUUCCACACUGGAAGGAAUAUGUGCCGGUGUGCCUUUGGUGACGUGGCCAUUAUUUGCUGAGCAAUUUUAUAAUGAGAAAUUUAUAGUUCAAGUGAAGAAAAUUGGUGUGAGAGUUGGAGCUGAGGUAGUUGUUCCAAUUGGAGACGAAGAGAAAUAUGGGGUUUUGGUUAAGAGGGAUCAUGUUAAAGAGGGUAUUGAAAUGGUCAUGGAUAAAGGAAAAGAAGGAGAAGAGAGAAGAUUAAGAGCUAAACAAUUUGCUAUCCAGGCAAAGAAGGCUGUUCAAAAAGAAGGAUCUUCUUAUCUGAAUAUUACAUUAUUGUUAGAAGAUAUUAUGCAAAAUUUCCAUGCAUGAUAUGCUUGUGUUUUGAUAAAAAUAAAUGAUAGUUAUUUCUUUGCACUAAUUUUAAUAUGGUGAAUAAAGACGAGUGCAAGUUUAAU